AGAGAGAGAGAGAGAGAGCUGGAAAAAGUAGAUUCAGCGAGCCACAGUUAGCGCCACCCACUCCAAAAUACCCACCUAUGCCAUAGAGACUAGAGAGAGAUAAGUCAGAGAAUCGAGCGCAGAGGACUCAGAGAAACAAGGGAUAACACCAAAGCUAGAGAGAGACCCAUUUUUUUAAAUUUUUCCUUUCCUUUAUUUUUUAUUUUUUUAUUUUUUUUGUUGUUGUUGUUGUGUUAAAUCCCUUUAUCCCUAUAUUUUUCCCCGCCCGAUUUUGCCUCUCUGUUCUUACUUAUUCUCUCUGCAAACCCUUCUUCCUCUUCUAUGGCUGUUGCUUCUUUUCUCUUGUUUUUCUACAUCACCGUCUUGUCUUCGCUGCGGUUGGUGUCUUCGUCUUCGGCUUUGUGCCCCAAGGAAUCGGAUUCCUUUCUCUACGCUCUUCAAUCUCAAUGCCCUCUUUCGAUCUCCUCCCCCAACCCACCUCUCCAGGUGGAUGGAGACUUCCUUGAUAGAGCUUUGGCUUCCAAGGGGAGGAAAGAAUAUUCUUCUGUACUUUUCUAUGCUUCUUGGUGCCCAUUCUCUCGCAGUGUGCUUCCAACAUAUGAAACUCUCAAUUCCAUGUUCCCUCAGAUAGAACAUUUGAUGGUUGAGAAAUCUUCAGCUAUGCCAAGCAUAUUUUCAAGAUAUGGAAUCCAUAGCUUGCCUUCCGUAUUAAUGGUGAAUGGGACAUCAAGGGUGCGAUAUCGUGGUCCAAAAAAUCUCAAUUCCCUUGUGCAAUUUUAUAAGAAGACCACAGGCCUUGAGCCAGUUCAGUAUUUUGCUGAGCAUCAACCAAUCAGCUUGGAGAGUGGUGGAAAAUCCAUUUUCCUGUCAUCAAAUAGUUUGUCACUGAAAGAGAUGAUAAGGAGGGAACCUUACUUGGUAUUCUCUAUAAUGUUCCUGUGCUUGAGGUUACUUGAAUGCAUAUUCCCACAGGUGUUAUCUCGUCUCAAAGCAUUUUGGGUCAUAUAUAUUCCCCAUUUCAAGUUGGAAAUAUUUGGUGAGACAAGCCAAAUAAUGGGCCGUAUUGUUCACAUGAUUGAUAUGAGGGGGGUAUGGACCAAGCUGAGACUAAGCAAGACCAGGAACUUCCACGAAGGUGCAAAGAAUGCCCGGGUUUGGGCAUCUUCCUUGGCUUCUGUCGCUUUGGGUGAAUCUUCAUCGGCUAGAUCAUCAUCAUCAUCUUAAGGUGGAAGUUACAGUCUUGUUCAAGUCAAAUUGAGGGUAGAAAAGAGCUGAUCGAUCACAUAGAGUAUAAAUAUAAACCGCUGUGAUGCACUGGGGGCAGGUAGUCGUCUCUCUCUGCCCCCAAAUUUUACCCUUGGUGAUAUAGCUGAAGCUGUUAUCCUUGUUUGAGUUGGGUUUUUUGGACGAGCAAACAAGAAUGUAAAUUUGAGAACAGCUUUCUUUUUUGUGUAAAAUACUUGUCACUCGAAAGAACGUGUCUACUAAACAUCUGUUGAAUGUAACCAUAUUAACCUCUCUCUCUC